UAAACUACUUUAUUUCAAUAGGAAUCUCCCCUCAUUUUCACGAGAGAGAGAGAUUUGAGGACUUUGGUCGGAAAUGGCAGAAAACAAAGCAAACUUAAUCCAUCUGCUACAGUCCGUGAAGCUUGAUUCUGGCAAGUCCUACAGUCAGAUAGCAGAAGAGACUGGACUUACCAAUGUCUAUGUUGCCCAACUCCUUAGGCGCCAAGCUCAGCUGAAGCCCGAAACUGCCCCAAAAUUACAAGCUUCUUUGCCUGACCUUACUGAAGAUCUUAUUCAUGACAUGAUGAAGCCACCCAUGAGGUCUUACGACCCGAAUUUGAUCCAAGAACCGACUGUUUAUAGGUUGAAUGAAGCGAUAAUGCACUUUGGUGAGAGCAUCAAGGAAAUUAUCAAUGAGGAGUUUGGUGAUGGCAUUAUGUCAGCUAUAGACUUCUACUGCUCAGUUGACAAAGUCAAAGGUGUCGAUGGGAAGGACCGUGUUGUUGUGACAAUGGAUGGAAAGUUUUUGCCUUACACUGAGCAGAAGUUGGAGCACAUGGUCUCAAAGUCUCGAACAAGUUAGUAAACAGCCUCUGGUGUUUUCAACUUGUUGUUUUCUUCUUUGAUAUUUACUUGUUAGUACUCCACAGUUUGUAUCACCAUGAUUCUAAAUGUACUUAUGUUUGUAUGCCUUCUCAUAUUGUGUGAUAGCAUAAAGCCAUAAAUAUAUGAGAUAAAGCUAAGACAAUGAAUAAAACGCUCAGUUGUUUAUGUAUCAUAAUGAGACAACUUGUAAGUAAUACUCUGUUCCAUUUUCUGAAAGUGUGCUUAAUAAUAAUAACGUACCCCUUUCUUGGCAAUAAGAAA